AUGGGUAUGAUUCAACGGUUCAGAUCCACCAAGAUUCAUUUGCAAUCGUCAAGGCCACACAAAGCAUGUCAGCAAACAACCGUUGACGGCGGCUCGAGUCAAAAGGCACACUCAGUUAGAUGUCUCCUCGCAUCUAUCUCAAGCGAAGAUCAACCUUAA